AUGUCUCAAACUUCAGCCACUCCACAUAUUGCUGAUACUGUUCCAUUGCCGGAUCCUUUGAAGUCGAGAACAAGAGUGACGUUAGAAAACGAUCUUCAAUUUGAUUCAUCGUGCUGUGGUCCUAGUUUAUACAUUUCUGAUGAAAAUCUUCAUUUGAGAAAAACAGUUGCAACAGACCAGUGGCGUACAUGUCGAGCGAUGAAUGCUGGUUGGUCAGAUGGCAUUCAUUACUGGUCAGUCCGAAUAAAUGAUCGAGGUGCAGUAGGUUAUUUAAUGAUUGGCGUUGUAACGGAUGCCUUUGAUGUCAGCGCUAUUAGUUAUCCAGGAAAAACAGUAGAUAGUUUUGGAUUUCAUAUUUUUAACGGACAGAAAUACAAUGGAAGUAAUGGUGUGGCAUUCACUAGUGAUUUACCGAAAAAUGGAGAUGUAAUCGGUGUACUUCUUGAUCUUGAAGCUCGAACUUUAACUUAUUUUAAAAAUGGUAAAAUUGUAGGCACAGCAUACGGUCUUUUACCUGCCAAUGGAACUAAUAUCAAGUAUUAUCCAGCCGUUGCAUGUUAUGAAUUAGGACAAUGGAUUAACUUUACCAGGACUCUGAAAAAUUGA